CCAACUUCGACCCCUUUCCCUUCAAAUUUACUUCUCCUCUAUUCUUUGUCAGGGAAUGUGGACUUGAUUUCACCAAGCAAUGGCUAAUUGCUAUUAUCUACACUCGAGUGUGAAGAAGAUCAACUAUGACGACUUACCGUGUGGAGACGUGGACCAGGUGGGCCAUAACACGACGUGCUGUGUUCGCGGUUCAACUUGCAUGAGCAAUGGACUCUGCCAAAAUGCUGGCGGUGACGGAUACUACAGUGCUGAUUGUACCGAUCCAACUCUGGAAGAUCCAGCAUGUCAGACUCACUGUGGAGGCUUCGCUGGCGCACAGGUAGUCUACAACUCCACUUCCAAGCUUUGGGCGUGCUGCUCCUACAACGGCGGACAACCAAACUGUUCUAGCACAACCGACGAGGUCUUUGCAGCUCCUGCUCCGGCAGAUCUCAUCCGCGUCAUUCAACUCCCUGUCACCGGGUCAGCCACAUAUUCCACAUCGAAAUCAAGCGCAACCUCUGUGCCGAGCUCGAGCACACCCUCGGCUUUGUCGACUUCAUCUUCAGCGAUUACACCGGGAGCUGCCGCUGGAAUCGGUGUGGGUGCUGGCGUUGGAGUCAUUCUUGUUGCUGGGGCGUUCGCUUUUUGCUUCUUCAAACGGCGGCGACAAUCAGCCUCAAAUAAGCUAAAUCUAUUUGAUGACGGACGGCCCCAGCAACGCGAAGUGAGUGAAGUAGAAAGCAAGGCCAUAGUGCCAGAGUUGUAUGGUGGACCCGCGUUGCAUGAGUUGCAUCCAAGCGGAAGAAUCUAAAGCCAGGAUCUCCCUAUUGACGGAUGUCUCUGAAGUUGUAUUCCAGCUUUAUCUCUUAAGCCUAUAUCGGAGGGCGGGUUAGAUUCCAGUUAGUAUUCCAAUUACAAUUAUUGAGGAUUCUUC